AUGGAUUGUCACCAAGUUACCUCUCGCGCCCUCUAUGAGGAUGAUGAGAUCAACAAUCACGUCAACCAGGUCGACGGAGGAAACAAUGUGAAGACCGGCGCCGAUCUCGAGAAACACCAAACUGCAGCAUCGACAGCCUCGUACCAGGAAACAUACCCCGAAGGCGGCUUUGAGGCGUGGUCUGUUGUUGCUGGUUCGUGGUUCGCUCUAUUCUCUUCGCUUGGACUAAUGAACACUCUCGGCACGUUCCAGGCCUAUGUUCUCGAAAACCAAUUAUCAGAGUAUAGCGAGGGCACUGUUGGCUGGAUCUUUUCUAUCUACACUUUUCUCGCUUUCUUCUGCGGUGUCUACAUCGGGCCCGUCUUUGACAAGUACGGCCCUAGGUGGCUUGUCAUUGCUGGUGCUGUCUUCAACGUUGGUGGCAUGAUCUUUAUGAGUUUUGCUACAGAACUCUGGCACUUUGUUGUGUCGUUUGGUCUUCUCUGUGGUUUUGGAUCCUCGCUGCUCUUCACGCCAUCGAUUGCUGCUGUAGGCCACUUCUUCAAAGCUCGACGAGGCCUGGCGACUGGUGUUGCAUCUACUGCGGGUGGUAUAGGUGGUAUCGUCUACCCUUUUCUAUUGACGAGACUGAUCGAAAAGGUUGGCUACGGAUGGGCUACUCGUGUCAUCGCCCUUAUCUGUCUUAUUUGCAGCACGAUUGGUAUCUUUCUCCUCAAAUCUCGACUCCCACCCGCCAAGAAUGCGACUGCGCACCCCAACUUUCUCAUCUUCAAGAGCCUACCGUUUCUCUUUACUACCAUCGGCGUCUUCUUACUUGAGUUCUCGCUCUUCAUCCCCCUCGGCUACAUCUCGACAUACGCGCUGCACAAGGGCUUUGACCGGGACUUCUCCUACAAUCUGAUCCCGAUCCUCAACGCCGCUUCGGUCAUCGGCCGACUCCUCCCUGGCUACUACGCUGAUGUCAUCGGUCCAUUCAAUGUCAGCAUCCUUGCCGUCAUCCUGGGUAUCGUGGCCUGCUUCUGCGUAUGGCUACCCCUUGGCGGAACCAUGGCCGGUGUUAUCGUCUUCACAGUGCUCUUCGGCUUUUCCUCUGGAACGAGUAUCGCGAUUGCACCUGUGUGUAUUGGAAGACUGUGCAAGACACAGGAGUACGGACGAUACUAUGCCACGGCCUACACAAUUGUGUCUUUUGCUUGUUUGAUUGGUAUUCCCAUUGGUGGCAGCAUCGUUCAAGCUAACGGCGGCGAAUACUGGGGACUUAUUAUCAUGACUGGUGCCAUUUAUGUGGGAUCUGUGGUUUCGCUAUUCUUGGCCAAGGUCACCCUUCUGGGCUUGCCCAACUGGAAGGCUGCCCUUUGA